AUGCUGGGUCAGAAUGGCAAGCUAGGAUAUGCAGGCGUUGAAAGAGCGAUUGUGAUCGAGAAGAAGGUGCAUACAAGGUGUUUCGAGGUCAUGGAGUCCGACGAUGACAAAUUCACUGGAGAUAACAAGUGUUACAUGGAUAGUAUCCUUGCUAUGUACAGGGAGAAUCUUAUCGAUCGAACCAAGCACCAUAUAGGAUAUUGUUUCAACUUAGACUUUGACUAUGGAGCUCUGGCAAAUCUGCAACACUUCUCCAUCAACAACCUUGGAGAUCCAUUUAUUGAGAGCAACUAUGGUGUCCAUUCAAGGCAAUUUGAAGUAGGAGUUCUAGAUUGGUUUGCGAAUCUAUGGGAGAUUGAGAGAAGUGACUACUGGGGUUACAUUACAAAUGGUGGUACUGAAGGAAAUCUUCAUGGGAUUUUACUUGGAAGGGAAGUUCUUCCUGAUGGAGUUUUGUACACAUCACAAGAUUCACACUAUUCAAUCUUUAAGGCAGCAAGAAUGUAUAGAAUUGAGUGUGUGAAGGUUGACACUCUAAUCUCUGGAGAGAUUGAUUGUUCUGAUUUCAAGACCAAAUUACUUUCUAACAAGGACAAACCAGCUAUCAUCAAUGUUAAUAUAGGAACUACAAUGAAAGGAGCUGUUGAUGAUCUUGAUCUCGUUAUAAAAACACUUGAAGAGUGUGGAUUCACUAGUGAUAAGUUCUACAUUCAUUGUGAUGGUGCUUUGUUUGGACUUAUGAUGCCUUUUAUCAAACAUGCACCAAAAGUUACAUUUAAGAAGCCAAUUGGAAGUGUAAGUGUUUCAGGCCACAAGUUUCUUGGAUGUCCAAUGCCUUGUGGUGUUCAAAUAACAAGAACAAACCACAUCAAUGUCCUUUCAAAGAACAUUGAGUACAUUGCUUCAAGGGACGCAACAAUCACGGGAAGCAGAAAUGGCCAUACCCCCAUCUUCCUUUGGUACACCCUUAACAUGAAAGGUUACAAAGGGUUUCAAGAAGAAGUACAAAAUUGUCUAAGAAAUGCUCAAUACUUAAGGGAUCGUCUCCGCGAUGCUGGGAUCAGUGCAAUGUUGAAUGAGCUCAGUAACACAGUGGUGAUCGAACGUCCCGCCGACGAGAAGUUUGUUCGGAAAUGGCAGCUUGCUUGCCAAGAAAACUUUGCUCAUGUUGUGGUGAUGCCUCAUGUCACCAUUGAAAAGCUUGAUGAGUUUAUGAACGAGUUUGUUGAAAAACGCCCAAGUUGGUAUGAUCAAGAUGGACCUCCCUGUCUUGCUUCAAAUGUGGGAAGUGAGAAUUGUGCUUGCGCUAUGCAUAAGUAAAAAUUAAAAAAAAAAAAAAAAGUUUCAAUGUGAAUGAUUUAAUCAUUUUACUUUUUUAAUUGUUGGUUUGAUUGUAGCAGAGCGUUUGAAUAAAUUAAGAAUAUGUCUGGAAUUGAUUUCAAUAAUAUUGG